UCUUUGGCUACAGCUGUUAGAGCAUUCAGCUAGUGGUCGAAUUUUACUUCAAACCGCGUUGCUUCUAAUUUCCAAGUAUUUUGUCCUUCAAUUUGAAUUUUGAAGUUUGAUAGAACAAUGUUAGACAGGUAUAAAGUUUUACGCAGUGCUGGUGUGGUAUGGGGAAUUACGAUCUGUUGUCUCUUGUUCAAUCGCAAAUUGCCAGGCUCAAGGAUAUUCUUUAGUUUAAUCCCUGCUUUUCUUUGGCGAGGUGAUAAAAUGAAAAAUGAAGAGGAGCAAAAAUGUAAUAAUAACCAGGCUAGCGCGCCAGUAGAAACUCGUGUGGACAAUCAAAGAUCGGCUGAAAACAAGAACACGCAACAAUCGCAGGUACAAAACUUUAUGCUUGGAGGCCUAACCGGGGCAUCUCCUCCAAAAUUUGUGUCCUUUGAAGAAAUAAUGAAGGCAGCAAAUGGUAUGACCAAUAUGGCCCUAGCGCACGAAAUCGCUCUUGAUAAAAAUUUCAAAUUGGAAACGCUGGAUCCACCAAGUGACAGCUUUCAAAAAAAAGUUAAAGAAACAAUGCAUAAUAUAUUCUGGCAGCUGCUAGCCCAAGAGUUGGCCGAGGAUCCACCAAAUUAUAAUCAAGCAUUAACUCUUCUUGGUGAAAUAAAAACGGCUUUGGAAGAACUCCUAUUGCCUCGGCAUACGAAGAUACGAGAAAACAUUAAUGAGGUCCUGGACAUUGAUUUAAUUAAACAGCAGGCAGAGCAGGGAAUUUUAGAUUUCCGUCAUUACGCUAACUUUAUUAUCUCCAUUAUGGCAAAAUUGUGCGCACCAGUCAGGGAUGAAAAGAUUGCAGAGCUAGCAACAUCGACCGAUGUUAUUGAGACAUUUAGGGGAAUUUUGGAAACUUUGCAGUUGAUGAAGCUUGACAUGGCAAACUUCACGAUAACUUUAAUAAGACCUGAGAUUGUUGCAUCUAGUGUUGAAUAUGAAAAAAAGAAAUUUGCUGAGUUUUUGAAGGUCAAUGAAGAUGGUCUCCAGUUAACGAGAAAAUGGCUGCUCCGAAAUUUGAAUAUGGAAAAAUUGACCACAUCUUCCACGGAUAUCAAUGCAGUUCGUCAAAUUACACACAGCUUACUAACUGAGGCGUACUUAGACCUCUUAGAAUGGAAAUUCAAUCCAGAUGCAGAGACGCUGAUGAUGGACCAAGGGCGAUUGGUAGAAUUACGCGAUCGAACCUGUAGAUUAUGCAUAGCAGGAUCAGUGUUGCUGGUAACUAACAACACUAUUGGUGCUCCCCUUCAAGGGGUUACGAGUUUUAAGAAUAGCAUGAAACAGCAUCUCGCCGUGCUUUUGGAAUCCGUUCAUUCCAACGAGGAGCUGGCAACUGUGAUGGUUAACAUUGUACUGCAAGUUACAGCCGAUGUCAAGGAAACACUGAAAGAAAUUGGUGCUUCAGAAUUGUCUCCAGAGCUGGAGUCUCUUCUCAGUGCUCAGAUAUUAGAAAUUGCCAAGCCUGAUCACAAGAUUCGAAAUCUUGUCAACAUAAGAAUCCGACAAUUUCUACAAAAAAUCAUACAAUCACAAACGGCAGGUCCGCAGCAGAUACCUCCAGGGCUAUCGUCUCUUCAGGAAGAACUAGCUGGUAUUGCAGCGCAGUUUUUGAUCAUUGUAUCCCAUAAUCGCAGUGUAUUUGGCGAAUAUUAUCUUGAUAUCGUGACCACGGCAAUUACUGGCGAAAAUGCUGCGACUCCCAUGAAUACUGAGUAGAUUCAGAGAAGCAUGUGUAGCUUUGACUUAGGAAUUCGUUCACACAUAUGUUGAGACGUAUGUUACUAGAAUUUGAACAGAAGGCGGCUGAUUUCGAAAAUAUUUGGCUGUAGAAUGCUGGGAACACUACAUCCGAAUUAACGUUCGUGUAACAUUUUCACUGACAGUAGUACCCCAAAAAACACGUAGAUAUAUUUUCGAUGAAAACUGUAAACGCGUGAACUGCAAUCCAAGAAAACACUAGAAAGAGGAAUGGAAAACAGCAAAAGCAAAUUUGACGUGCCUUGUCAUUUGAAAUGGAUAUUUACACUAAUAAUCAAUUUUAUGCAAGCGAAACUCUUGGAAUAUUGAGUUCAUUUUAAAUAGUACUUGUUAGUCGUAAAAAUUUUGGAUAAAUUUCGAAUUUUGCAACAUAUAGGGGUGGAAAGAACGAAAGAGCACGGUGAUUGUAAAUUUUAAUGAAUUCAUUUACUAACUGUUAAUAAUACGCACGCAUUAAUAUAUACAUGUAUAUAUAUAUAUAAUUAUAUAUACACUUUACUGGAAUUAUAUCUUUAAAUAUAUAUCUGAACCAUUUGCGGUACUGAUUUAAAAAAUUUACAAGAUACAGAAAUACGUUUAAGUGAAAAGUAUUAGAAAAUAUACAGAAUUUCAAAUUAAUUAAUGUAAGCUGUAGUUCCUAAAAUAGAACAGAUGGAUACUAGCCUACACAUUGUAUGCAGGCAUUUUUUUAGUCUGCCCAUCGUCUAAAUUGUGAAUUGCAUAACAAGUGCUAGCCAACAAUUGAUAGAUUCUUACACAAUAUUUGUGUGUACGUUUAUAACUGAAAGCGUAAAAUUAGAAUAUAUGAUUAUAUUGUAUUACGGACAGGAACAGUUGUGGAACAAACACUCGAAAGUAGCACUUUGAAUAAUCAUGAAUUAUGAAGUAAUUCACAAUUUUUGUACCUAUGAAUGAAUAAAAAUAAUAAAUAUUCAUAAAGAACAAUUGAUGAUUCAUUAAUUAAUGAUAGCCGGAUUUGUAAAAAUAAAUGGUGCCUGCAAGCAAUUUGCUGCCGCAAAUCUUGAAUUGAUAGCAUCAACUUUAAGAAUGAUUUGCAAUUCGAGAGUGAGUUUCACCAAACGCACCAUCACUAGUUCGU